GAGGCGGAAGGUAAAGGAGCUUCGAGAGGCUGCUGGUCCGCGUGAGCGCUGCAGUCCGCCGGGUCUGGUUUUAGGGUCCGGGUCUCCCGAGAGGCUCGUGUCUAGGGUUAGCCCGGGUCAACCCGGUCCAACCCGGGAUGGAGCCCUGCAGCUCGGCUGUAAGAUCUACCGGAACCAGCUAAACAACCGAACGGUGUUUAUUGAUGAGUUUAUUAUUGUUUACGUGUGGACAUGUGUGUGUACAUGCCGGUGUACAUACAUGUGUACAUGUGUGUGUACCUGUGUGUGUACAUGUGUACACGGACUCCUUGGUGAAGUGUACCUGAACUACUGGAACAGGUUUCUGGAACCUUCUAGCGGGCUGACAGCGCUAGCUUCAAUGCUAACUGUAGCUUAGCAGGCCGGAAAGAGCUGAGGGUGUGUGCGGCCGUGUGUUGUGUGACAAUCAUCCUGCAUGGACUCGUCGCCAUGAGCAACAAGGAGAUGGUUUCCACGGAGACAGAGAUCAAAGGCCAGAGGAAGGUGUUCCUUCCUCACAAGUUGCUGGAGUGUCUCCCUCGUCUCUCCAGUCUGCCCAGCGACAGACUCCGCUGGAACACCAACGAGGAGAUCGCUUCUUACCUGAUAUCCUUGGACCGGCAUGACGAGUGGCUCUACUGCACCCUGAAGACCAGGCCGAGGAACGGCAGCAUGAUCCUCUACAACCGGAAGAAGGUGAAGUACCGGAAGGACGGCUACUGCUGGAAGAAGAGGAAGGACGGCAAGUCCACUAGGGAGGACCACAUGAAGCUGAAGGUCCAGGGCACAGAGUGUCUGUACGGCUGCUACGUCCACUCCUCCAUCCUGCACACCUUCCACCGGAGGUGCUACUGGCUGCUGCAGAACCCCGACAUUGUGCUGGUCCACUACCUCAACGUGCCGUCCCUGGAGGAUUCUGGGAAAUGCAGUCCGAUGCUGUGCGCGGUGAGCGACCGGCACGACAGCGCGAGGUGGAGCCGAGACGAGCUGCAGACCCAGCUGAGGCCCAUGUUCCACAGUAUGAAGUGCUCCGUGGGCUCUGGUGAUUUCAGUAUUGAGGACUUGGUUCAACACAUUCUGGACCGGCAGAGAACCAAACCACAGCCACGCACACACGCCUGCCUCUGCAGCCCGGCCCAAGUCUCUCCAGGAGGGAACAUUCCUCACCGCUGUAACAGCACCAAGCAUCGCAUCAUCUCCCCCAAACUGCCCCCCUCGUCCUGCCGACCCCCCCCCUCACAGGAGGGGGGGGGUCGGGGGUCAGGAGAAGGAGACCUGCCCUCCCUCCAUGUUCAGAGCAGCCCGGCCUCAUCUCCCUGCCCCCCCCCCACUGGUUUCUGUGGUGACCUGACGGUGGCGCUGUCCCAGAAUGCCGUGCUCGUGGUGGCAACGACCGCCGCCCUCGCCAGCGGGGGAGGCGUGGCCAGAGGGGAGGAGGCGGGGCUUCCACUCCCCCGCUCUGGCCAGUUACUGCUCUCUCCUGGUCCGUCCCCCCCUCCUCCUCCCGCCUCCCCUUCAUCGCCCCCCUCCUCCCCCGCCCCUCCCUCCCGCCCCCCUCCUGCCCCGGUCCAGGCAGCGGGUGUGGCCACCCUCACCCUCCUCGUCACCCCCCCCUCCUCCACCUCCCUUUGUACCCCUCCUCCUCUUACCCCCGCCUCCCCUCCCCCGGUGGUCCACCUGACCUUUGACCCCGACUCCUUCCUCAACUCCCCCAUCCAGGGUCAGACAUACGGUGGCCCCCCUCCCCCUCCUGGUCUCUGCUCAUCCUCCGCCCUCUCUCCUCCAUCCCUCGCUCUCUCCCUCUCCCCCACCUCUACCCCUCCCUCCUCUGUCUCACCUCCAUCCUCGCUUUCCUCUCUCUCAUCAUCCUCCUCUUCCUCCUCCCCGCCCUCCUGCCCCCUCCCCCCUUCACUCUCCCUGUCUCCCACCUCCUCUGUGGCUCCGGCCCUGCUCCCCCUCUGCCUGGAGCUGGGACCUCUUGGGGAGUCCCAAGGGGGGGGGCAUGAUGAUGAUGACGAUGAUGAAGGCAGCACUCCCCCCACCAAGCUGGCUCUGCUGCAGACAAGCCACGCCUCCUCCUGCCCGUCUCCACGGCAGCAGACAGGAAGUGGCGCCGCUCCGCCGCCGGCCGAGAGGCAGCAGCCGUUGUCCCGUCGGCCCGUCGGUUGCGCCCCCGCCGCUGUCGCCAUGGAGACCGCUCACCCGGCAGCGCACCCCACGCAGGUGAAGGAGGAGGGGAGGCGUGGCUACGACCCGGAGGACACCUGCAUGGACACGCAACUGGAGGAGGAGGCGGAGCCGUGUGAGCCAAUAGGGGAGGAGCUAGACAUCUCCUUCGACAGCCAGUUCCCCGACCUCAUCUCUGACCUCAUCACCGAGGAGACCAAUCCUGUCGCAGCUCACGCCCCCAACGCCGCCGUGUUCCCGGCCGCGGUCCGCUACAUGGUGCCCCCCCAGCCCUCGCCCUCCUCCUCCUUCCUCCCCUUCCCCCACCCGCUGCCCCCCACGGCCUCCACCCGCCUCGCCUCCAUCACGGACUUCUCCCCAGAGUGGUCCUACCCCGAGGGAGGAGUGAAGGUAUUGAUCACAGGUCCGUGGUCGGAGCCGUCGGGUCGAUACUCGUGUGUGUUUGAUCAGAACUCAGUGAACGCGUCCAUGAUCCAACCUGGGGUCCUACGCUGCUACUGCCCAGGUACACACACACACACACACACACACACACACACACACUCUCACUUCACCUCUCUUCCAGCCCACCAGGCCGGUCUGGUGGUCCUGCAGGUUCUGGAGUCGGGGGGUUCUGUGUCCUCUUCGGUUCUGUUCGAGUACCGAGCGAGGAACGCCAGCUCCCGGCCCAGCUCGCAGCUGGACUGGCUCUCAUUGGACGAUAACCAGUUCAGGAUGUCCAUCCUGGAGCGGCUCGAGCAGAUGGAGCGCAAGAUGGCCGACAUGGCCGCCCAGGACAACAACAACAAACAGCAGCAACAACAUCCACGUGGCAGCCAGCAGGCCACACCCCCUCCGCCACCCCUACCUGAGGACCAUGAACAGUGGUUCGAGAGGAGGAUCGUGGGAGUUUGUGAGAGGAUGAUAAGAGGAGGAAGGUGGAGAGGAGGAGGAGGAGGAGGAGGAGGAGGAGAAGAAGAGAGGCUUCAUCACUCGGUCCGUCACCGAGGGAUGACACUGCUCCACCUGGCUGCUGCUCAGGGAUACACACACCUGAUACACACUCUGAUCCACUGGAGGAGUGUAACCACUGACAGUCUGGACCUGGAGCAGGAAGUGGAUCCUCUGAACAUUGACCACUUCUCCUGCACGCCGCUGAUGUGGGCGUGUGCUCUGGGCCACCAGAGGGCAGCAGCGCUCCUGUACAGGUGGAACAGUUCUGCUCUGGGGCUCCCUGAUUCGCUGGGCCGCCUGCCGCUCGCCGUGGCUCGCUCCCGAGGACACACCCUCCUCGCCACGGCGCUGGAGGAGCUGCACACGGCUCCCAGGGACACGCCCCCCCCGCCACGGCCGUCCCCGUCCCCCCCGUCCACCAGCCCGGACACAGGCCUGAGCUCCUCCAGCAGCCUCCCCUCCUCCCCCUCACCAAGCUCCGCCUACUCCAGUGGCCCCGCCCCCAUGGACACCUCCCCCUCGUCUCUUUCUUCUUCCUCGCUGCCGGUCUCCCCCCCCUCCCCCCUCCCUGAGUCUGUGUGGGGGGGGGGCCCCAGUCCAGGUUUGAACCCUGGAGGCUCCAGAGACUCUUCACUCCACCUGAUGGACUACGAGAGCACCUCCCCCCCACCCACACACACACACACCUACACACCUGCACACACACACACACACACGGCGGGGGGGCGGCGGCUGCUGGAGGAGCAGCUGAGGAGCUACACCGAGAACACUGAGAACGAGGAAGAGGAGUUCCUGGAGGAGGAAGAGGUGCUGCAGGUCGACAUGGCGACUCUGGCGGAGCAGAUCCUUGAGGCGACCCCUGAGCGAAUCAAACAGGAGGACUUUGCACGGGGGGCGGAGUCACCGCUCAGAGAGAGGCGGGACAACCCGGCCACGCAGGACACCUGGCUGGCCACCUACCUGGACACGGUCGACGCCCACACACACUCCCCGCCCAGGCGGGUGUGUCCACCCUCGCCCCUCAGUGCGCUGGCCCUCCAGAGGCUCCGCCCCCCCUCCUCGGCGGCGUGGGCGGAGUUCUUGAACGCGUCGGUCAACGGGAAGAUAGAGAGAGACUUCGCCCUGCUGACGCUGACGGACGGAGAGCAGCGGGAGCUGUACGAGGCCGCCAGGAUCAUCCAGAGCGCCUUCAGGAGAUACAAGGGACGCCGGCUAAAGGAGCAGCAGGACAUGGCUGCUGCCGUCAUCCAGAGAUGCUACAGGAAGUACAAACAGCUAACAUGGAUAGCUCUGAAGUAUGCGCUCUACAAGAAGAUGACCCAGGCGGCCAUCUUGAUCCAGUCCAAGUUCCGGUCCUACUCCGAGCAGAAGCGCUUCCAGCAGAGCCGGCGGGCGGCGGUCCUCAUCCAGCAGUACUACCGCAGCUACAAGGAGUACGAGAGGCUGAAGCAGGGGCCCCGGGGGGCCGGCCACAACCCCAAGCCCAGGAGCUCCUUCCUCACGAAGAGACAGGACCAGGCAGCAAGGAAGAUCAUGAGGUUCCUGAGACGCUGCAGGCACAGGAUAAAGGAGCUGAAGCAGACGAGGGAGCUGGAGAUGAGAGGACUGACCUCUUAAAGCCUUUCCUUGUUUCCUCCUAAGGAGACAUGUUCAAACAGACAGACAGGCAGACAGACAUGCAGACAGACAGGCAGACACAGGGCUCUGUCCCCUGAUUGGAGCCUUCAGGCUCCGCCUCCUUCGUGUGUCUCAGCCUCCAGAAGACGUUCUGACAAAAGAUGCUGGUCCCCGAGUCACGGAGGAUUCAACACCUGGCUGACACCGCCCACGCAAUGCAUGCUGGGAUACUGGUCCGAAGGGGCGGAGCCAGAGCGAGGGGGCGGUUUGACUCUGAAGGUGAGCGGGGGGCUGAAGCCAGGACGCUCUGUUGUGAGGUCACGGCCACCAACCAAUCAGAGGCCGGCUCAGAGUCACAUGGUGGUGUGUAUAUAUGUAAAUAGAUAUAGAUCUAUGAGGUGGAGUCUUAAGGAACCUGUGACCUCUGACCUCACAGGUCAGAGGUCACAGGUUCCCUUCAAACUGUUUCAACACGCCAGAAACCUUCAGGGCAACGAGUUUGUUCUUCUGGGUUCAGUUUCACCUGAAACUUUUAAUUCUACUUUUUAAUCUUCUUCUUUUUAAUCUUCUUCUUUUUCUUUUUAAUCUUCUUCUUCUUUUUAAUCUUCUUCUUUUUAAUCUCCUCCUCUUCUCCAGCCGUUGCAGUGAUGCUUUGCAUGAGUUAUUAAUUGUUGUUCAUGUGAAAACCUUAAGGAUGAAAGUUAUUCUAAUAAACAGCUGUUUGUUAUUUAUCUUUUU